AUGGAUUCGGAUGAGAAACUUUGUCAGGGUCAUUUACGAAGAUUUUUUUUUGGCGAUGAACCAUGGAAAUUAGCAAGGAAUAAUUCUAAAAUUGAAGAACUUUUCAGAAAGUUUCGUGCAAAAUUGCAAUUAAAACUGCAAAACCGAGCUGAAUCCAGUAUUCAUGAUGAAAGUGACGCUCAAACAUCAUCCGCUAAUGUCCUGGGUAUUCCCAAUAGUUCUAAAUUUAUUCGUCAUUACACUACUCGUUUAGCAAUCGACAUUCCACAAAAAGAGAUAUUUCAUUUGAAAGAAGUGAAUUUUUUCUCUUCGAAGAAUCAAAGUAUAUCUGAUUACACAUUUGCUUUAUCAUCGUUUAUUGCUUAUGAAAAUCGAUUGAAAUUCAGGCAGUUACGUCGUUUACGCAUUUUUCAGAAGAAUUUACCAAUUGCUGAAAAACGGGAAGAAAUUUUAAAAACCCUUGAAAAAGUACAAAUCCUUUUAAUUGGUGGUGAUACGGGUUGCGGGAAAAGUACUCAGGUACCACAAUAUCUCCUCGAUGCAGGCUAUGAUCGCAUUGUGUGCACGCAGCCUCGUCGGAUUGCGGCUAUAGCUCUAGCAAAACGUGUUGCUUAUGAAACUCUAAAUGAGUAUGGAAGUAAGAUUGCUUAUCAAAUUCGAUUCGAAAAAACCCGCACAUCGAAAAGUCGGUUGGUCUUCGUCACCGAGGGACUGCUUCUGAGGCAGCUGCAGUUAGAUCCCGAACUUAAUCAGUACAGUGUGAUUAUAUUGGAUGAAAUUCAUGAGCGAAAUUUAAAUGGCGAUUUUUUGUUAGGAUUGCUACGGCGUUUGAUAUCCAUACGAAGUGAUUUAAAACUAAUCCUAAUGAGUGCUACAAUUAAUUUCGAACUGUUUCAGAAUUAUUUCCAAAAUGCUGCAGUUAUCAAGGCAGCUGGUCGUCUUUAUCCGAUAGAGAUACAGUACAUGCCAGUGAAAGAAUACGAUAGGUGUGAAUCAGAAAAAAAGAAAGAAAAGAUUGAUCCUCAGCCUUACUUGAAUAUUCUACAAAUAAUUGACGCAAAAUUUGACACCUCUGAAAGAGGAGACGCUUUAAUAUUCUUAAGUGGCGUCUCUGAAAUAUCAACAGUUGCAGAAACUUUAAAGGUGUACGCUGAGGCAACCAAAAAGUGGAUCAUUUUAACACUUCACAGUACAUUGUCAAUGGAGGAACAAGACAGGGUAUUCGACAUUGCUCCACCAGGAAUUCGAAAAUGUAUUUUGAGUACAAACAUUGCAGAAACAUCGGUCACCAUUGAUGAAAUUCGUUUUGUCAUUGAUUCUGGAAAAGUCAAUCUCAUGAAAUUCGAUUCGAAAACAGGUAUGCAUUCCUUUCGGGAAUACUGGACUUCUCAGGCUUCAGCGGAUCAACGAAAAGGUCGAGCGGGCAGGACUGGGCCAGGUAUAUGUUACAGACUUUAUUCACAAGAACUUUUCGAUAAAAUGGAUCCAUUUACAGUUUCUGAAAUCAACAGGGUUUCACUGGAAUCACUCACCAUGCAGAUUGUUAAUAUGAAUCUUGGAAUUUUACCAGUCGACUUUCCAUUCAUUGAAAGCCCAAAUAAAGCUGAUUUGGGAAGAGCAGUGGAAAAUCUUUGUAAAAUGGGUAUUUUGGAAGGUGAAAAUUCAAGCGUUUUGACACCACUGGGGAAAAUAAUAGCGAGUAUUCCAGUUGAAAUUCCUGUCGCUAAGGUUCUGAUAUAUGGUUGCGUUCUUGGACAAAUUGAGACUUCACUCACCAUUGCUGCUAGUUUAGCCACCAGUUCACCCUUUACUAAUCGAUCGUUUCGAGAACCUGACAUUAUAGAUAAAAGAAAAAAUAUAAUAUCUGAUUGCGGUGACCCUUUCACAUUGAUUAACGUUUAUCGAGAAUUUGUAGAAUUACAAGCAGAACGCAGUGAUGUACGUAAGUGGGGACGAGAUAAGGGAAUUGAUGUUCAGCGGAUGCAUGAGAUAAGGCAAUUAAGGCGUCAGUUCAAGGAAUUGCUUGAAAACAGCGGUAUUUUAAAAACAGCUAGUAACACGGAUAGUCAUGAACGCCGUAUUAAUUUCGGUGAUAGAAAACGUCUCAAUGAAUUGAAAAAAGAUGCUCGUGAUCAAGUAAAAAAGAGGAAGAUAUUGAGGCCUGAAACUCAUUUUGAUUCAAUAGUCGAUUCUGAAGGUUACUGGCUUAACCAUCUUAUCAAGCUUUUUCCAGGUAAUUUUUCACUCAUAGAUAGUGUUCAAACUCUUGAAUUCUAUAUGGAAAACCGAGAAAGUGGUAUCCGAAGUAUUUUAAAGUCACAUCGUCUGAAUGAUGCUACUUCAUCAAUUCUGAAAUUCAUAGUCACAGCUGGUUUUCAUCCUCAUUAUGGUAUUCUUGAUCAGUACAAUGUCUACAAAAUUGGAAAUGAGAUUUUUGCCCAUACACGAAAAAGGCCAUUUGCUGUUUUACAUCCAAACAGUAGUUUAGCUCUAUCACCAGAUGCAUUAAAUUAUAGCUGCAGCAAUAAGGGUUUGUCGCGGUAUCAUCAGUUAAUCGCAUUCGCAUCGUUAAUAGAAACUAUAAAACCAUACUUGUGUAAUAGUUUACGUGUUCCAGCGCUUGCUCUACUAUUACUCUCAAAAUCGAUACGAUGUUUGAAUGAUGACUGUUCAGUGGUAUGUGAUGAUUUCAUUACGUACAAGUUCUCGCGAGCGAUGGAUUUUUUCUCUGUCGUAGAAGAAGCAUCUUCAGUACGUCUGCAACUGGCAAAGAUAAUCAGACAAAGUCUCGAAGGAGACCUCUCUUGUGGUCCUACGCUUGCCAAAAGUGUUGUAGCAUUUUUGAGAUCAGAUGUAGAAUAUAUCUUAACUCGCCGUGCUUGUCCAGUGGAUGAUUUGGAAAUCGGAUUUAUGCUACCAUCGGGUGAGAAAUUAAAUGAAGAAGAAGACAUUUCCGUAUCAUUUAAAUUCAACGAUGAUAAAGAGGAUUCAAAGCUCGAUGAAGAACUCUUCUCUCACAACAUCGAUGAAAAGAAACCAAGCAUUGAAUAUUUUUGUGAAACUUGUCAAAAGUUGUUCCACUUCACUACAGCAUUUGAUAUUUUGAGGCAUAAACGGAAUCACUGA